AUGUCUCCGUCCCAUCACUGCAGGGUCCAAGGGUCGCCCCGUCCAACGUCGCAUUGCCGAAAUGGAAGAGCUUUUCUGGAAACCCAUAAAGUGAAUGAGGGCUGGCACGAUAGCAUUCUUUCCACGCUCGCUCUAGCGUCCAUCGCCGCGACAGAGUAUGUUUGGCCUUCUCAGUACGAUGAGCUCGAGGAUCACCUCUCUCUGCAGUCCGGAUACCUUCGCAGGGGCUUCAUCGAUGGUGUCAUUACGUGUGGCUUCGGCACAAGCAUCCCCGGCCGUCAGAACUCUGCUGAAUGGAUCCGCGCCGCUUUCCACGACAUGGCCACGCACGAUGCUGCCGCCGGUACCGGUGGUUUAGACGCGUCCAUCUUCUUCGAGUUGGAUCGCCCGGAAAAUAUUGGAGGCGCCUUCAACAACACGUUUGGAUUCUUUAGCAGCUUUCACUCCAUUCGCGCCUCUGCUUCUGAUCUGUUGGCCAUGAGUGUCCUCGUCGCCAGCUUUGCGUGCGGCGGUAUCCAAAUCCCGUUUCGUGCCGGCCGUAUUGACGCCCAAGAAGCCGGCCCUGCCGGUGUCCCUGAGCCUCAGACCGAUCUCAACACUACCCAGCUGGCUUUCACCAAGGCAGGCUUCUCUCAGAGCGACAUGAUUGCCAUGGUGGCGUGCGGUCAUACUCUGGGAGGCGUGCACAGCAUGGACUUCCCUGAGAUCGUCGGUGUCGCGGCGGACCCCAACAACGAUACCGUAGCCCACUUUGACACCGAAUUUGCCAAGUUCGACAACGUCGUCGUGACCGAAUAUUUGGAUGGCACAACCAAGAACCCUCUGGUUGUUGGCACAAAUGACACCCUCAACUCAGACAAGCGUAUCUUUGCUGCAGAUGGAAACAAGACGAUGCAAGCCAUGGCCGACCCUAAUGCUUUCCAGACUACCUGCGCCGACAUCUUUAGUCGCAUGAUUGAUACCGUCCCUGCCAACGUUAAACUCAGCGACCCCAUCGUAGCCACAGAUAUUAAGCCCUACAUCAGCGGGCUCUUCCUCAAAGACGAUGGCAGCCUGUCGUUUGGCGGCCGCAUUCGCAUCCGCACCACCGCAGUCACUGGCCGAGACCCCAAUGAUCUCUCGGUCCAGCUGACGUACGCUGACCGCAACGGCAACGGAUCGAACGUUAUCACUACCCGCAAGGCAACCUUUCAGGGUGGAAGUGCCUCUGGCUUGUGGAGGGAGAGCUUCCACUGGUGGGAGUUUGACACCACAAUCAGCCCUGACACGGGCAUCAGCAAGUUCUACAUCCACGUUACGAAGCCGUCAACCAACGAGACUAUCACGUACGACAAUGCUGGCAACGGAUAUCCUAUGAGUGAUGUCCUCCUAUAUCAGCAGUCUAAAUCUUGCAUCGGAAAUGUGGCGGAUGGCAAGCUGCCGGUCACGGUCAAAGCUCUUGUUCGCAAGGACCGUGUACCCGCCACCGCUGAUGGCCUAACUAUGGAUUUGGUUCAUGAGGUCCGUAGGCAGGGAGUGAUUGUUCCCAGACUGGACGUUGAGAAGAUCAACUUCCAAGCUACUGGAGAGGACCAAGGCCAGUGGUCCGUCUAUACAGCCAGUGGAAGUGUCGAUGCUGAUGGAUGGAACACCAGUUUUGAUAUCAAGUUGGGUGGCGAGCAGUCAGUCGAAGUUGCGUUUCAGAAGACAGGAGCUUUGAGCUCUUGCAGCUAG